AUGAAGGUCCGAAAAGGCUGCUGGACUUGUGCAGCUCGCAAAAUUCAAUGCGAUAGGGUUCGGCCAACCUGUGAAAAGUGUGCUCGAUCCCAGCGACACUGUCAGGGCUACGAAGUGCGCCUAUCAUGGCCCAGGCACGAUGACGAGAGACGCGCAAUGACGGGGGAUAACGCGCUGCCGAUGAUGGCGUCCCCAGACCAGUCAAGGCACAGAGCUACUGACCUCUUCAUUAAUACGACUUGGCAUGAGAUGGAACUACAUGGAUAUCUGUCUGGACAGACGCAUACAUAUCAUCCAUUUCGAUCUCUCCCGAAGUUAUGGACCCAGCCUCAACAACGAGUGGAUCACAUGGACCUAGUCCACUACUCUCAUGGAGCCGUUUCGGGGCUCGCUCUCUUCUACGCAUUACUUGCUUAUUCCUCACUUCACCGCUAUGGCCUCAAUGAGCAGGCUCUAGAGUACAAAAUACAGGCGCUUCAGUCUCUUUCUGCUUCCGUGACAGAUCAGCCGCUUAUAACAGCUGAGGGCGCCCAGCAUGUAGCUGCAUCUAUGCUCCUCGGAGCUUUCGAGACGCUACAACCUUCGGAAGGAUCGGGUGAGUGGCUGUGGCAUAUAUGGGGUGCCAUGGAUACGAUCCAAGCGACUCAGCUCAAGUACCAACCGCACGAAAGCGACAUUGGCCGCCUUCUGGACUGGGUCCAUUAUCACGAAACAAUUUCUCGCUUCACUGUUCAACAUUGGCGCAACAAGCCGCUGAUUUCAUGGGCUCCCAUCAGGAAUCACCCUGGACCCCGAGAUCUUCAGUCUUCGUCUUUGUCGAGACAUAGACCCAAUGUGCCGUCUGUAAAUCCUACCCACGCAAUAAUGAACUUGCUCUCCGAGAUCAGCGACACACUGAUUGACCCACGGGAUCCCAAAAGCCGCAACGAGGAGUACCAAGACCGCCUCAAGGACCUCGAGAAAAGAAUAGGGAGUAUUUCUAUCAGACCCACUCCUCCAGCACCAAAUACCGACGCCAUGUUCGCUGUGGAGCUAUACCAGAUGGCGACACGGAUAUAUCUCGUGCGCGCCUCGCAAAGUCCAUGGGAACCAACGGUGGAUCUCGAUGCUCUCAUCGAAGAAACGUUUGAUGGCCCUGUUAAGUCAUGUACCUGUGAGCAUUUUUUCCCCUUGUUCAUCCUCGCUUGUGAGGCAUAUAGAGAUGAGCAGAGGAUAGCUAUUAUCAACCUGGUUGAGAGAACCCAGAGGGACGCUCGCAUACGAAGUAUCGAGGAGGUCAAGAACACAAUCCAAUCCAUCUGGGUGCAGCAGGAUCUGCAUAAGGAUGACGAUGUGUUGGUGGACUAUCUUGGUAUCAUGAGCGCUGUGAUCAGCUCGAGUAGCACUAUACCAUCCUUUGCAUAG